CUCAGGCAGCCCACUUCGGCCUAUCUGCCGCUAGCCCUAAAAGCGAUAUGUCACGUGAAAAUGGACCAUUUCCAGACCAUCUGUCCAAUCAGCAGCCGCAGCUGCAACCAUACUCAAAAAAACAGCCAAAUCCUCGGGGCCUAUCAAUAUUGUUCAUUUUGUAAAUCGACAAGCUUGAGUAGAGCUAGGUUACCAUCUACGAUACUUAUAAUAGCGUCAUUCAGCGGUACACUGUGACCUGAGCAUCAGUCGAUUGAUUGGGAAAAGCGGCAACGGCUCGCGUCUUGUUAGUGGCAUGUUGUCAUCACGAUUCUUCUCUUAGACCGCCCCUAUCAACACAAGAAUACAAGAUGAUGGCACUCCGGUGUUCAUUGCGGUCUACUAUAAUUGUAUUGGCCCUGACCCUCCUCGUGGGCCAUUCACUGGCCUCAAUUGGAGACCGAUUGCCGGAUUUCAAAGAAUGCGUCAAGGUAGUCCCUGUUCUCGCAUGCUUGAUGCUCUAGAAUCUGACAGCAGUAGAUCUGCAAAGAAGAGAACUGCGAUAAUGGCAACUCUGCUAUACGUGAGUCCCUAGUUUUAACCCUUUGCUUGGAUGCUAACGAAUACCUGGGUAGCACUUCACCUCCGUUUGAUGUGG